AUGUCUGAUAGCGAGUCAAUCUCCGAGCGUGAGCCCAAUGCGUUCAAUGAGGAGUCAUCGGAAGGUCUCUUUGACUCCGAUGGUGAAGCGGCAGGGCCUGAUGCCGAGAAUGGAAGUGAUACCGAUGUUGAGAUACUCGGUGAAGGGCCCAGCUCCGUUCCAAUACACGGCAUCGGAAAGGGGCUAAUGACCACUCCGGUGCCGUUGUCCAUUAUCUAUAGCGACGGCCGCCAUGUGGGUCUAGGCAUGCCUGGGGAGGCGAGCGCUAGUCGCCAGUCAGAGGCCUUCACUUCCGGCCGUGGAGAUUCAGUUGCCGAACCAUCUGCCCGGCCGAGGGUAUCGGUAGUCUAUCCCAGCAAUCCUAGGGUGCCGAUGGGAGUUCCUAAGGAGCUCGUCUUCAGCGUAGAUUAUUUGGAGCCUAACAGGAUCACCGAGAGGGAGAUUGCGAGGUUUCGUGCUGAUCCGAAGGAUGGCGAAGUCGUCUUUUUCACGGACGUACUUCUGCAAGGGGUGAUGCUCCCUUUACAGCCUGCCGUUCAGAGGAUCCUAGCGCAGAUAGGCUAUGCUCCCGACCAGUUCAACCCCAACUUCUGGGUGGCGCUAAUGGGUGUGGUCACAGCCUUCGGCAUGGCUGGCGAGGGAGAGCCUUCGUACGAGUAG